AUGGAUGCUCUUUCACCAUUUUGUCUCACCAACAACGACGUUCACGAUACACCGACCACUGCAGUCAACGCGAUCGGGAUCAACACAGUACCGAGUCCGAACAUGAGCAAGAAAACACGACCGUAUGAGAUAUGCACACCCGCAUCGCUGACGAAAGCCGGCGAAAUGACAUGUUUAUCCGUAUCAAGCACCCCCAAGUGGCAUCAUUAUUCACCGGCUGAUUCGAAUGGAACUACCGAGAAAUCCAGACAGAAUGGCUUACCUCCAUCUCCAUCUGAUGUGGAGUCUGCAUCUGCUUUGGUUUCAACCGCCGGUAAUAUGCCGAUGUCUACAGGAGAUUUACAUACCAGAAACGGGUUUGAUUCACCUAUUGAAAUGGCUGUGACCAAGGACCGAUUUGCUAGUGAACGGGAUGUUGUGAAAAAGCGACGUAACCGCACUACAUUUACCAGCUUCCAACUCAAUGAAAUGGAACGAGUAUUCCAAAAAACUCACUAUCCGGAUGUGUAUGCCAGAGAACAAUUGGCCAUGCGCACUGCUCUUACCGAGGCCCGAGUUCAAGUGUGGUUCCAGAAUCGUCGCGCCAAAUGGAGGAAACGGGAACGCCUGGGUAGUACACAAGAAAGCUACCUGGAUAGCGACAUUCCUUCGCUAACCAACACCGCACUCGAUCCGUCCACAUUCCCAAUAACUGCAGCUGCCGUGGCAGCCGCGGCCGUGGCAGCUGGAUCAACCGGAGGAACGAAUGGUGGUGGUGGUAGUGGUGGUGGUUCGUGUCUGAAUACGUCACACUUUUAUCGACGCCACGCGCCAAUUUUCGAUCCACAAAAUCUUAGCCAAAUUAAAUCCCCUCGCAUGAGAACUCCGUUACCGGAGUCACAUUCACCGUCUUGGUCAGACCCUCCGUUUCUUUUUUCGAACAGAAUUAAUGCAUUGGGAAGUACAACGAUGCAAUGUCUGACCAAUGUCGCUUAUAUGCCCGACGGAAUCGGAUCUGAGAGUUCGUUUGUGUUCGACAAAUCAACCGGUUCUACACGUGGCACAUCAAAUAGCUCCAAUCUGAACUGGAAUGCAGAAACAUUCAAUAGUUUGCAUGAAUUAGAUUUGUCCUGUUCCUCGAAAAAUGGUCGUUCUGUCUACGAAUCUCAUCAAUCUGACAGUUACCCGACGUCCAUCGCAGGCUUGACAACCAACUGCUGCACACCACAAGCAUUCAAUGCAGACAUCCAAAAGUUGCCCCUAUUUGAUCCGAUAACAUUCCCAUAUUCGCGUCCUGUGUUUCCUCAGUCGAACUUAUUAAAUCACCACACAUCUCAGUUCAACUCCCAAUCGAAAUCAGUCAGUACAUCUACGUGGCCAUCAACCAACUCACAUGGAAACUCAUCCAACCUGGACAACCUCCCUUCGCAACUGGAUCGUCAAGCGGUGGAAGUAGUGAGAUCGUUCGCAAGCGGUGCUCAGUCAAACUUGAUGAACCAGUCAACAGGACUCCCAUCGGGUGUUUUUUCCACUCCAACAGUCAACGCUAAUGACCCUAAUCGCCCAGUUAGUCCAACAUGGAUUUCCCAUGAAUUUACCGUCUAA